CCGAUCUCGCUCCGAUCUUGGUUCUGAGGGUCUCUAAGUUGCGCAGCACUGUAUCCGACACAAUGAGCCUAAAGUCCUCAGCGAAAUGUUCAUGAUUCGCAUGAAGACGGAUGGAAUUGACAAAAAAAGGGUUAUGUCGAGUAACCUGAGAUUUGUUUGAGGGCGACAUCGUUGGACCCAGAGCGGGGACAUUGCGUCGUCAGGUUUCCAGAUGAAACAGAUUGCAGCGGAGGUGAAGGCAGAUUAAGAUGCAACCUGGCCUGCAGGCACGUGAAUCCACGAACCACCAGACAUGGAAAAGGAAAAGGAAAUAUACAUAUUAGCACAAGUAAUAAGGGACCAGGGCGGCCGAGUCGUCGGGACGGAAAAGGGAUGGGCUUUGUACUUCGCAGUACUCAUGUCUGGAACGUCUGACGCGGCCAGUUAUCCAUCAGCUCCGAAGUUGUCGGAUCAAACGCCGAUGGACGGUCCCGGCAGCGGCGUCUCCGAAGGAUUCCACAGGAGGGCCGCGUUCGCCAUUCGGCGUCAGUUGCAGCCGACUUCGUGUCUUCGUGUCGUCGUGUCUUCGCUCUUCGUUGUUGUGGUUAAACCUAGGAUGCCCUCGCCUUCGGCACAUAUCCCCUUCCCGUCUGAGGCCUCGUGCCUCGUGACCAUGUCGAGAAUCCCCUGGUCGUAUUUGACGACGAUGGGUUCUCAGCAGACUUUCAUCAGGCCACAACCCCAUGGCAUAGCUCCCGGAGGACCCCGAGCGGUUUAUCGGCGAAGGAUUCUAGAUUAGCGCCAUGAACUGCCAGACUGAUUGCCUUGCGCCAGAUUGCUGCCGUCGUGCUCACGUAGGCGCUUCUCGUUGAUCGCGAUUCGGUUCAAACGGUCGCCAACAUAGCGAUGGCGGCUGUGACA